GCAUUUAUGCUUACACCUUAUACCAGCAAAAACAAGAACAGGCUAAAAUUGAAGCCCAUUAUCAAAAAGAAAGUCAAAAAAUUAGUCAAGAAGUUCAUCUUCCUCCGGAAACUUUACAGCAAAUUCAAACCGAACAGGAAAUAAUUAAGCAAAAAGAAUUAGAAAUCCAACAACAAACCGAAACUCUCCAAAAAGCCGUCGAGAUAGAAGAGAAAUUAAAAAAGGCACAGGAUAGUUUAGGCACCUCUCCAAUGUCUUGA